CUCUGCUUGGCAUAAAGGAGCGGAUGACCCUCGCCUGCCACUGGCAGCUUUGGGCUUGACGCGGCAUAUUCAGAGAGCAGACAGUGAACUUUCCAAUGUACUCCAGAGCUUGCUCCAAGCAAUCAGACUAUCCAGCCUUUUAGAGGCGGGGGGCAGCCUUCCACUACGGAGAGCCCAGCUGUCAGCUGCCUCUUGGGAAGAUGCUACAUCGCUGGCACAGCCCUGGCAGGAGUGUGCCCGUGGCCGCCACUCUGGGCGUGCUGUGGUUCUGCCUCACAGGCGCCGUGGAGGUCCAGGUUCCAGAAGAUCCUGUGGUGGCCUUGGUGGGUACCGAUGCCACCCUGCGCUGCUCCUUCUCACCGGAGCCCGGAUUCAGCCUGGCACAGCUCAGCCUCAUCUGGCAGCUAACCGACACUAAGCAGCUGGUGCACAGCUUUGCCGACGGCCGCGACCAGGGCAGCGCCUAUGCCAACCGCACCUCGCUCUUCCCUGAACUGCUGGCUCAGGGCAACGCAUCUCUGAGGCUACAGCGCGUGCGCGUGGCUGAUGAGGGCAGCUUCACUUGCUUCGUGAGCAUCCGUGACUUUGGCAGUGCCGCAGUCAGCCUGCAGGUGGCGGCUCCCUACUCGAAACCAAGCAUGACUCUGGAGCCCAAUAAGGACCUGAGGCCUGGGGACAUGGUGACCGUCACCUGCUCCAGUUACCGCGGCUAUCCGGAGGCAGAGGUGUACUGGCAGGACGGGCAGGGUGCGCCCUUGACCGGCAAUGUCACUACGUCGCAGAUGGCCAAUGAGCAGGGCUUGUUCGACGUGCGCAGCGUCCUGAGGGUGGUGCUGGGAGCUAAUGGCACUUACAGUUGCCUCGUGCGCAACCCGGUGCUGCAGCAGGAUGCUCACGGCUCGGUCACCAUCACAGGGCAGCCCAUGACAUUCCCCCCUGAGGCCCUGUGGGUGACUGUGGGACUUUCUGUCUGUCUGGUGGUGCUGCUGGUUGCCUUGGCCUUUGUGUGCUGGAGAAAGAUCAAACAGAGCUGUGAAGAGGAGAAUGCAGGAGCAGAGGACCCCGAUGGAGAAGGAGAAGGAGCCAAGACCGCCCUGCGACCCCUGAAACAUGCUGAAAGCAAAGAAGAUGAUGGACAAGAAAUAGCCUGACCAGAGGACCAUGGAGCUGCUGUCUCUCCCCUGGGGGUCCUGCCUCUGGCAGCACUGGCACCUCUGUGUGAUUCCUGGGCCAGCAGCUGUCUUGUGCACUCAGCGCCCCCCGCCCCCCUUUGCCCCCAGAGACCCAUGGUAGCAGGUCUACUCAUUCUCCAAAGGACACAAUGCAUAGGCCACCCUGCGACCUUAUUUCUUGAGUGAACGUGACUCCCAAGUCAUCCUGCUGCCUUAUUUCUCCAGUGACAUGAUCCAUUACCAUCUUGCUGCCUUGUCUCCUGUGGACACAAUCCACAGACCACCUGACACCUUAUUUCUGCACUGAACAUGCUGCAUAGACCAUCUGGCUGCCUUGUUUCUCCAAUGGACACAUUAUCCAGCUCGACCCUCCGUCAUAUUUCUCCAAAGACACGAUGCUCAUCCUUCACCUUGUUCCUCUAAUGGGCCUGAGAAGCUAGUCAGCAUUUCUCAGCCUUUGUUCCCACCUGUAGCCCAGGCUCGUCUAGAGCCCCCCCCCCCAUGUUGGCCUUUUUCUUCCCACUCUAAGUGAAGACACCCCCACCCCAGGGGCACACGUGCUGGACCACGUAUUGACUGCCCCUGCCCACUCUCUUCCGGUGCCUGGGACUGUGCCUGUGACGAUCCCCCAGACCCCCACCAUGGGAACACUGCUGCAUGUGCUGUGGCUCUGGGCACCCCUGCCGCCCCCUGGGGAGUAGCUCCUUUCCCUCUGUGUUUUCCCUCCUUUCCUUUUGUUUAUCCAUUCAGGUCCUAUUCAUUGAGCAACUUUGGGGUGUCAGCUCUCUGUUAGGUGCUGGGGACCCAAAGUGAGAAGACAAGGGCCUUGCCUUCUCUGGGAUGUCAGUGAGGAAAUUGACACCUGCCUGCUAUAGCCUGUGGUUCACUUGGGGGGCUCCUGCCUUGCUCCCUACUGUACCCCUCUUCUAUGCCCACAGCUCCCUGACUGCCUUACCCGAGCAGGGGCAGGGACCUGGAGAGAGGAAUGGAGUCUUUUGCCACAGCUCAAGAAUCUGAUGGCUUCCAGUGUCUCUCCAGGUGUGAACAGGUGUGGAGGUGGCCAAGGCCUCCAGGUCCCUAGAGCCGCAGCACAUAGGGGCCAUGGAGACAGUGCCCCCUAACCCACCACACACAAACUCAACUUCACAUGUACCAUGGUGCUAAUUCUGGGGCGAAGGCAGACGCUUCCGGUUGUCUGUGACCCCAGCCUCUUGUGGAGUAAACUGAUGUCCUCCCAUGGCCAUCUCCCUUCUCCAGGAAUGGAAGAUGUCAGAAUUUCUAAUUUAAAUGUGGGACUCUGAAAAAUUUUGUUAACUGGGGGUGUAUUUUGGGGAAA